CCCCGUGAGCGAGGUCGUGCCCCGGAAGUGAAGGGGCCAUGUUGCUGGGUGACCCCGAGAGAGGUAUUGGGAGAGUGGCGACUCCUGAGCAGAGGUAGCGCGUGGCCCGCGGAGUGUGACGCUUAGUCCUUGUCAGUCCCCCAUGGCCCCGUGGAGCCGAGAGGCGGUGCUGAGUCUGUACCGGGCUCUGCUGCGCCAAGGCCGAGAGCUUCGCUACACUGAUCGAGACUUCUACUUUGCUUCCAUCCGCCGUGAAUUCAGGAAAAAUCAGAAACUUGAGGACCUGGAGGCUCGGGAGAAGCAGCUGGAGAAGGGCCUGGUCUUCCUCCAUAGCAAACUAGGAGGCCUGAUUUAGGAUCCU